AUGAACGGUGCCCAAGAUGGCCGCGGCGGUGGCCAAGGAGGGGGCAGACGCGGAGGCGGCGGGAGCGGCAGCCAGGGCCCGGGCGGCGCACAGCAGCGGUUCGGCGGCGGCGGCGGCGCCGGUGGCAGUGCUGCAGCUGAUGGAGGAGGCCCGCGCAAGCGCAGCAGGGGCAGCCGCGGAGGCGGCGGCCGCGGCGGCCAGGGCGUCCAGGGCGGCGGCGCCCCGGCCGGCGCGCACCAGGCGCAGCAGCCGCGGCAGCAGGCGCCGGCGGCGCCGCUGCUGCAGCACCACCAUGAACACCACAGGCAGCCCCACUUCCAGCCGCAGCUCCCGCAGCAGCGGCAGUACGCGACGCUCUCGGCGGCGGCGGCGGCGGCCGCGCUGGAGCAUCAGCAGGGCGGCGGGCCGCGCGUCGAGAACUCUGUGUUGACCCAGUCAGCAUUUGCUGACCUGCAGCUGCACCCCUUGACCCUCAGCGCGAUGGAACAGGUGUUCGGGUACCGAUACAUGUCAGAGGUUCAAGCCGCUGCGAUCCCAGUCGCACUCACCGGCAGGGACAUUCUGGCCAAGGCCAAGACCGGCACCGGCAAGACCCUGGCCUUCCUCAUCCCCGUGGUUGAGCGCCUCGCACGCCAGCCUGCGGUGCAGGUCGGCGGCGCGAUCCGCUGCCUGGUGCUGGCGCCCAGCAGGGAGCUGGCGGAGCAGAUCAGGAAGGAGGCCGAGAAGCUGCUCAGCACGCACGGCGCGCAGCGCGGGGUGCAGAUGGUCAUCGGCGGCACCAACAUCAACCGGGAGCGCUCCGGCCUCAGCCGGGCGCCGUGCGACGUGCUGGUGGCGACGCCUGGGCGCCUGCAGGACCACCUGGACACGACAGAGGGUUUUGCAGGCCGCCUGUGGGGCGUGCAGGUGCUGGUAAUGGACGAGGCGGACCGCCUGCUGGACAUGGGCUUCAAGCCCGCCAUUGAGAAGAUCUGCAGGCACCUGCCGCCCGCCACACAGCGCCAGUCGCUGAUGUUCACGGCCACGGUGCCCCAGGGUGUCCAGGAGGUCGCCAAGCUCCUGAUGGGCGGCAAGGACGUGGCCAUGGUCAACACGGUCAAAGACGACGACGGCCCCGGCCACAAGUCCAUCAAGCAGGAGCACUUGGUUGUUCCUGGUCGCGACCUGGUGCCGGCCCUAUGGCACGUGCUGCACGCCCAAAUGGCACAGGAGCCUGGCAGCUACAAGGUGAUCGUAUUCUUCACCACAGCCCGCGCUGCCCAGUUUUACGCCAACCUGAUGCGCGCGGCCGGCGUCCAGUGCCUGGACCUGCACUCGCGUCUGUCUCAGAAGCAGCGCGACACCGCCACCGCCGCGUUUGCCAAGGGCAACGGCGUGCUGCUAUUUGCCAGUGACGUCAUCGCGCGCGGCAUGGACUUCCCAGACGUGACGCUUGUGGUGCAGGUCGGCCUGACCGAUGCUACGCAGUACGAGCACCGCGUCGGCCGCACCGGCCGCGCCGGCAAGACCGGCCUCGCGCUGCUGCUCCUGACGGAUGACGAGGAGUCGAUGCUGCGGCUUCUCAGCGGCUUCCCGGUCACCCCCGCCGGCCGGUCGUCGGAGAUAACCGGCGGGCUCACCGGCGGCCGCGGCGCAGCGCCGCCGGCGGUGCCGCCGGCGCUGGCGCGGGCGUAUGACUUGGUGGGGCGCGAUGGGGAGCUCAAGGCCAGCGCUGACAAGGCAUUCGUGGCGACGCUCGGCUUCCUGGCAGGUGGGGGGCCUGCGCGCGCUCCCGCCCCGGGGCGCCUCUUUGCGUGGACAGACGCUUGA